AUGGCGACGUUCUCCACAGACGCGGCCACAACGAAACACACCCCGCACUACUUCCCGGAGCACCUGCUGCCGCUCAAAAACGUCCUGUACCACUACAACUCCGACGUAUCCCACUACCACUAUGGACCACACCACCCAAUGAAGCCGUUCAGGUUGAUGUUGACCGACCACUUGGUGUCGCUGUACCGUCUCUAUGAGAAAAUGGACUUGUACGAAACACGUGAGGCUACGCGCGAUGAGCUUUUGGACUUCCAUGCUGAGGAAUAUGUAGACUUCUUACAAUCCAUCACGCCCGAAAUGGCGCUCAAGAUGGACGAGGAUAAGAUUGCGCAGUUCAACAUUGGAGACGACUGUCCCAUUUUCGACGGCAUGUAUACGUAUCUGCGGCUCUAUACGGGCGCGACGUUGGAUGCGCUGCGGAAACUCAUCAGUGGGAUGAGCGACAUUGCCAUCAACUGGUCGGGCGGGCUCCACCACGCGAAGAAGUUUGAACCUAGCGGGUUUUGCUACAUCAACGAUAUUGUGUUGGCCAUCCUUAAUUUGCUCCGCGUGCAUGCGCGGGUUAUGUAUAUUGAUAUAGACUUACACCAUGGAGACGGCGUCCAGGAAGCGUUCAACAUGACCGACCGCGUGAUGACGGUGUCGUUCCACAAGUACAACGGCGAGUUUUUCCCUGGCACGGGCGCCAUCGACGAGGCCGGAAUCGGCCGCGGGCUCAACUAUAGCGUCAACGUGCCGCUCAAGGAUGGCAUCGACGACGACUCGUACCUCCGGUUGUUCAAGCUGAUCAUGGAGCCGCUCAUCACCAAGUUCCAGCCCACGGUCAUCGUGCAGCAGUGCGGUGCGGACUCGCUCGGCUACGACCGUCUCGGCUGCUUCAACCUCAACAUCCGUGCCCACGGCGCCUGCGUCAAGUUCAUCAAGACGUUUGGCAUCCCGAUGCUUGUGCUUGGCGGCGGCGGGUACACGCCGCGCAACGUGUCGCGGUUGUGGUGCUACGAGACCGCCAUUCUCAACGACGUGACGCUCGACCUGAAGAUCCCGUCGUCGAUCCCGACGUACGACUGGUUUGGCCCCGACCACUCGCUCCACCCGGCGUUGGAGGGGCCGCUCGACAACAAAAACUCCAAGAAGUACCUCGAGAGCGUCAAGCAACGGGUGCUCGAGCAGCUCCGCUUCAUCGACCACGCGCCGUCGGUCAGAAUGGACGACAUCCCGCCCGACUUCUCGGCGCUUACCGAGGAGGAAGACCAGCUCAUCAAGGAGAUCAACGACGAGACCGAGGACGAGGGCACGCGCCUCGCGCAGAAGGUCAAGGAUGAGGCGCGCCCGAUGGAGACCUUUGCAUAG